AUGUUCUAUACUAUUCCUGAGUAUAGUCGACGCUCAUGGCUUUUUAUGACUGCCGUGACUAAUCAGUUAAUCCCGCUCCCUAGGAACGCUUCCUUUGAGAUCCUUGCCGCCACCCGCAACUCGCAAUCGCCCUCGGCCCAGAGUCUCUCUAGGCUAUCGUCAAACAUCAAACUGGUGGAAGUAAAUCUGGACGACCCAGCAGCAAUAUUUCAUAACGCACACCGCGCUGAACAGAUACCCAUUUGGGGUGUCUUCAGUGUCCAGACCUCCGUUGAUAGAGGCGGCGAGGCAAAGUCGCCUAACAACCCUACCCGCAUCCCGCACUUUAUUCACAAGCAUAACAUCGAGCACCACCUCAUACAGCAGGCCAAGGUGAAUGAUAUGCAGUGGCUCAUCCUCCGCCCUACCGCGUUCUACGAAAACCUUGUCCCCCGCUUCUUUGGCAUAAUCUUUGCGACCUGCUUCAAGAUGGCGCUGAAGGGAAAGCCUCUACAGCUAGUGGCUACCAGCGGCAUUGGAUACUUUGCUGCUGAGGGGUUUCUGAACCCCAAGAAAUACGCGGGUAGGGGGCUGUCUCUCGCGGGUGACGAGUUGACCUAUGAUCAGUUUGUGGAGAUUUUUGAGCAAAAGACCGAGCAGACGAUUCCAUCGACAUUUCGGCCGCUCUGCUCACUUUUGCUGACUCUGAUAAAGGAUAUGGGCUAUAUGUUCAAGUGGUUUAUGACGAAGGGUACGGGGCGGAUAUUGCUAAGUUGA